CUUAAAUUUGUUUAAAAUGUUACAUUUACCAUCUAGAUUAUUUUGGUGUAACCUUCUGGAUGAACAGAUACUCAAAUAGAUCUUUCAUGGAGCAGGGCUCAGAUUCAUAUAGGCCUGACCAGUGAUAAAAGCCUAAGAUGUAGGCCGCAUAAUUAUUUUAAGCCGACAAAAGAAUCGGAGGCCCAAGACGACGAGCCCACCCUGACCAUCUUUCCCAUCUACAUUCUCAAUUCCUUUCCCUUUCUCUUUCUUCUUCAGCGAUUUCUUCCCUCUUUGUUUUUUUCUUUUCUGCAAUUAAACUCCAUUCGGAUUCGAAUUGGACCAAAUCACAGCGAGAGGUCGGAGCUCUCCGUUCGCCUCGCCGGCCGUCUUGACGGUAAGUAUCAACUGUAUCAUGAGCUCCUCUGGCAACAAAUCAAGGAACUUCCGCCGCCGACUAGACCACGACGACUCCAAUCCCAACGAAGCCGCCGCGGUCGCCCCUUCACCGCCUCCAUCCCGCAAACCCGCGCCACCGGCACCUUCAUCUGCUUCUGCUUCUUCCAAGCCGAAGAAGCUUCUUAGUUUCGCCGACGACGAAGGGGAAGACGACGAUUCCGCCGCUGUCACACCUCUGAAUCUUUCUUCCCGCUCUUCUGGUAGGCGUAAGCCUCCUUCCUCUUCGGCUUCUUCUUCUUCUCGACUCGGAAAAACUAGUUCCUCCCACAAGCUCACCGCCUCCAAGGACCGAGUUCCUCUUAGCUCCCCGGCUACUGCCUCUAAUGUCCUUCCCCAGGCCGGGACUUACACAAAGGAAGCCCUUCUCGAGCUCCAAAAGAAUACGCGCACCCUUGCCAAACCUUCCUCCAAGCCCUCUUCUGCCUCCGCCUCCUCUGAGCCUAAGAUCAUUCUGAAGGGCCUUCUCAAGCCCGCUCCUCCCUCUGCCCACCAAACCCUGGGAGCCCGCCAUGAUUCUGAUAAUCUCAACAGCAACAACGCAGACGAUGGUGACGAUCCAUUUGAAGACCGGUUGGCGUCAAUGGGUUUGGGGAAAUCCAAUUCCGGAUUCAUCCCCGACGAGGAAAGAAUCAGGAAGAUUAAGGCAGAGAGGGAGAAGAAGAGGCACUCCAGGGCUUCUGCCCCUGACUUCAUCCCUCUCAAUGGACCUUCUAAUGAUGCUCAAGGGUCGAGUGACGACGACGACGAGCUUGAGCUUAGAACCCGUGUUGCUUUGGUGGGCAAGAAAGAGGCCAACACUCAUGGCGUUUUUGAAGAUGUUGAGCAUCUUCCCCCGGCUGCUGCUGUUUCGGCCAGAUAUACGAACGUGGUUGAAGAUGUUGCUAACGAAGGUGGUGAUGAUGAAGAUGAAGACAAAAUUUGGGAAGAAGAGCAGUUAGGGAAGGCCUUGGGGAAGAGAAUGGAUGAUGCUUCUGCUAGUGCUACUACUAGAGUUGUUGCAGGUGGUAUCAGCUCUCAUAAAACUGCUACGAUGAUGAUGCCGCCACCACCACUACCACAGCAGCAGCAUAGGGUCAGUAGUGCGUACCUAGACAUCGGAGGAGGUUUUGGGGCAUCUCAAGGGUUGGAUAACUUGACAAUUCCACAACAGGCCGAUGUUGCUUUGAAGGCAUUACAAGAUAAUGCCAGGAGGCUCCGAGAAUCCCAUGAUAGAACUGUUUCAGCACUAGAGAGAACUGACGAGAACUUAACUUCCUCGCUGGAUAAUAUUACUGCUCUUGAAGGGUCCUUGUCAGUUGCUGGUGAGAAGUUCAUCUUUAUGCAAAGGCUUCGUGACUUUGUUUCUGUUUUAUGUGACUUUUUGCAGGAUAAAGCAGCUUAUAUAGAGGAGCUUGAAGAGAGAAUUCAAAAGGUUCAAGAGGAGCGUGCAGCCGCCAUCUUGGAACGAAGAUUUGCCGAUGAUCAUGAUGAAAUGUUGGGAGUAGAUGCAGCUGUCAAAGCAGCAAUGUUGGUCUUUAAGGAACGUGGCAACUCUCCAUUGAUGAUUAGUGCUGCUGCAAGUGCUGCACAGACUGCUUCGGCGGCCGUGAAAAUCCAAGAAACAGCAACUCAACCAGAAUUAGAUGAACUGGGGAGAGAUAUGAGCAUGUAUAAGCGCAUGGAGAUGAAGCGACGGGCUGAAGCCCGACAACGUAGGAGAGCUAAGUUUGAUUCAAAGAGAAUUUCAUCAUCAAUGGAAGUUGAUGACAGCUCCGCUGAACGGAAAAUAGAAGGGGAGUCAAGCACUGAAGAGAGCGAGAGUGAGAGUGAAGCUUACCGGUCAAGUCGGGAUAGGUGUCUUGAACCAGUGGAUCAAAUUUUGAGCGACGCUUCCGAGGAAUUUUCCCAGCUUUCGGUGGUGAAAGAAAGAUUAGAGAAAUGGAAAAAGGAAUAUGCAGCGAGCUAUCGGGAUGCGUACAUGUCGCUCAGUGUGCCAGCAAUCUUCUCUCCCUACGUGAGACUGGAGCUUCUUCACUGGGACCCUCUACGCAAAUCUGAUGACUUCUUUGACAUGAAUUGGCAUUCUCAGUUAUUCAACUAUGGUAUACCAGAGGGAGCAUCUGAUUUGAAUUCAGAGGAUUCUGACAGCAAUCUUGUUCCUCAACUGGUGGAAAAAAUUGCUGUCCCAAAAUUGCAUCACCAAAUUGUUCACUGUUGGGACACGCUCAGUACACUGGAAACUGGAAAUGCCGUUGCUGCCACAAGCAUGGUGAUAAAUUAUGUUCCAGCUUCAAGCCGGGCUCUAUCAGAACUAUUAGUUGCGGUCCACACUCGACUGGCUGAUACAGUAUCCAACAUCGUGGUUCCUAACUGGGGAUCACUCGUUCUAAAGGCAGUUCCAAAUGCAUCACGUGUUGCAGCAUAUCGGUUUGGAGUCUCAAUUCGUUUGAUUAGGAAUAUUUGCUUGUGGAAGGAUAUCCUAGCGAUGCCAGUUCUAGAGGAGCUUGCUCUGGAUGAGCUCUUACGCAAGAAGGUCCUGCCUCAUGUUCAAAACAUUUCGUCGGAUGUUCAUGACGCGGUUGCUAGAACUGAGAGGAUUGUUUCUUCUUUGUCCGGGGUUUGGACUGGUCGAAAUGUCACUGGGGAUAGCAGUGGCAAGUUGCAGUUGCUGGUGGACUUUGUGGUAUCACUAGGAAGGACGCUAGAGAAGAAGCAGGCGGCUUUGGGGGUGAGCGAGGGGGAGACUAGUGGGCUUGCUCGACGUCUGAAGAAGAUGCUGGUUGAGCUCAAUGACUACGACAAUGCACGGCGCAUUGCAAAAGCCUUCCGGCUGAGGGAGGCUUUGUGAGAACGAACAUGCAAGUUGCAAUGAAGGAAGAGCGUAGCUGAGGUGAUCGAGGCGAUGAAGGGGCUUGAUUGGAAAAGAAGAUAGAAUAGUACAAGGCCCUUUUAGUGUUGUGCUUUUUGUUCGAUUGUAGUAAUCUGUUGGCAACUUGCUUUGACCUUGUUUCUAUUUUGAAGCGGAGAAGUUGCAAUAUAACUUCCAUUGUCAUUUCAACUUAUCGUGAAAUAAGCAAAUGAAAGAUUUUGGCGUAA